AUGUCCUCCCCCCGGACAUCAGACCUUCGGACCAUGAGCGACUCGUGGCUGGCCCCGCUGUCGGUCGACCUCGUCCUCAAGGUUCUCUACGUGACGCUGCUGCACCCCUUUGUGUGCUUCAUGAUCCCGCUAUGCCUGCGCGCCCGCGCUGUCGAGUGGGAUGCCCCGUGGAUGAUCGCCUCCUUUGCCUGGGCCACGGUCGUGACCAUGGGCUGGGCGGCGGCCUCGGUCAACCGCCGCCUAGCCUACGGCAGGCCGCGCGAGAUCGACCUGAGCGAGGAGGUCAUCGUCAUCACGGGUGGCGCGGGCGGCAUGGGGCUCCUGCUGGCCGAGGUGUACGGCAUGAGGGGCGCCACCGUCGCCGUGCUCGACGUCAACGACAUGGAGAACUGCGAGGCUAGGGGCGUCACUCACUACAGAUGCGAUGUCGGUGACAAGGACCAGGUGGCCGAGGCGGCGAGAGAGAUUGAGAAGGAGGUGAGUCUGACCUGGUCAGGAGGAAGGAGUGCAGGGUGGGAAAGGCUGACUGAUAUGCGAAAACAGCUCGGCACGCCCACCAUACUCGUUAACAAUGCCGCCAUAGUCGUCGGCAAGUCGAUGCUCGACCUCAGCAUGGAAGACGUGGACCGCAGCCUGCGCACAAACAUGAUGGCGCCCUUUUACUGCAUCAAGACCUUCCUCCCCGCCAUGAUCCGCAACGGUCGCGGCGGCACCAUCGUCAACGUCUCCUCGGUCCUGGGCCACCUCGGCGCCGCCCACCUGAGCGACUACGCCGCUGCCAAGGCCGGCAUGACGGCCAUGCACAAGUCCCUGGCGGCGGAGCUGCGCAGCUCGCACCCGGACAUCCGCAUGCUCCUCGUCACCCCCGGGCAGCUGACGACGCCCCUCUUCUACGGUGUGACGACGCCUAACAGCUUCGUGGCGCCCGCCGUCGAGCCGGUCGACGUAGUCAAGGAGAUCGUGACGCUCAUCGACGAGGGUAUGGGCGGAAGCAUCGGAACCCCGCUCUACGCCCGGUGGAUUGACUGGUACAACGUCUUGCCGGCAGCUGUCCAGAUCAUGGCCCGCUCCUUGGCCGGGGUCGACAAGGGCAUGCUGACUUACAAGGGACGUGCGGGCUUGAGGCGUGAGAGGGAGGAGAAGAGCUGA